AUGGCAAAGAGAAUACAACGCUAUUGCAAGCUGGUCGUGUUUUGGUUCUGCAUUGCUGGAGGUAUGUAAUAAGUAAGCUAAACUUGCUUUAUUAAAUAUGUGAAUUUAAGUCUUCAAAACGAAUAGGAUUGCUAACUGGUAGGUGAACAACUGUCUUCACUCGAAAUUAUUAAGAACGGCUGCCGGUCUUUCACGGAAAUAUUAAGUCAUGUAUCCAACCUGACUUAGUGUGUACCAAGCUUUGUCGAAAAUUGGUACAGUCUGCAUACAGAAAUACGCUGUUUAAAGUUAAACGUCAUGCCGUGCUAUUGAAUGGCCGACCACGAGGAAACUUGAAAAUUGUCACCAUUUUCAAGCUGAUUCCAACCACGGAGAGUGAAUUGUUUCGAUGAAAUUGCCCGUAAUGCAACUUAUGAAUUUUCAAAUGUUGGUAUAGAUAUUCCAGUUCGUGGAUUGAUUUACAAUGAAGUUCAAAACAAAACUUUUCCCGGAAAAUUAAGAUGACUAGGUUAGCCUUUGAUUGCUAGACAUGUCUGAGCAAUUUUCAUUUUAAACCAGCGUUCCAUUCAAAAUUGAUCAAUUACCAAACUAAAAUCGUGCAGUGGAAUUUUGCGAAUUUUCUGAAAGCAGCCUACAAUGUCGAAACCCUACUCAAAACAAAGUUUUCAGUAAAUUAAGAAGACAGAUUUCCUGGAAAGAAACAGAGGCCGAAUGCAAUAUUGGACUACAGAAACUUCUGGCGCUUGGAUGACUUAUUCAGCCUUUCAUUGCCAAAGAAAAAGAAUUAGUAUAUAAUUUGCGUAAGAGAAGGUUUCACCUUCCUCAGAUAAAAACGGAGAGAUACAAGAAAACUUUUGUAAAUAGACUUAUUUUUAAAUAUAAUUUAGCAUAGUAUUAUUCUAUCUUAUAUUACUAUUGUAUUUUAUCGUGUAUCUUUUAACACAUUUUCACUUUAACUUAGGAUAUGUAUUUUUAUCCUUUGAUUGAACAAAGACUAUUGUUAUUAAACGGAUUGCCGCUAGAGUCUAAAAAUUUGCUUUUAAUGAACAAACUAGCAGAAAUCGUAGAUUAUAGUACGUCGCCUCCGGGCCUCCCAUACAUUACCUAUACGGGUAUGUGCCGCCAAACGGGGUCGUGAUUUUGGUAUCCAUUUCAGAGGCCUUUUCUAGAACGGGGUAUUAAAAUUGUGGAUCACGGCUUUAUCUUCUGCUUAAAAUUGUUGCUGAUUAUGAAGAAGCAUUUACUUGAUGUAUAAGUCGAACAAAUAAAGAAAUAUCUUUUUAAAAAAACAGGGCUAUUUCAAUUUACAAACUUUCUAGAACGGAGUAUAAAAAAUUGGCCCCUUUCUAGAACGGGGUAUCAGUUUUAGGGCGAAUUCUAGAACGGGGUAUAAAAAAUUGGCCAUUUCUAGAACAGGGUAUCCCGGGCGGCACAUACCCACCCAAAAAAUACCCAAGUGCCCCCCCCUCCCCCCGGGGCCUUAGGCAACUGUAGAGAGACUUGAGAGACUUUAUUUUAUGAGGGUAACACGUGACAGUAACUAACAUUACUGAUGAACUUGUGGCUCACUGUAUAGGGUCCGAGUUAUGGGGAGUUGAUUUCUCACUCUAAUUACUUGUGGACGAAAUAAUGUGGUGUUCUCAUUGAAAUGAAACUUCUGAUUCUUUCUCCAUUCGUUAGCAAUUAUCCUUUCAAAUUUUAGAAAAAGCGACCGAUCCGCGAAUAUUUUAAGGUUUUGUUUUAGCAACGUGACGAAAGCUAAACAGAUUGCGGGCAAGUUUGGGCAUUGAGUUACGCAAUGACAGAUGUGAAACAGAUUCUUUUCACAAAAUUCCUUUCUUUCUGCCUAAUUUGAGUGAAAUACUUGGAAAUUAAGGGAGGGCAGAAGACAUCAUUUCGUUGUAUCCCACAAGACACCCACCCUGCCAGCAGGGCCUCCCUAAAAUUCGCCAAAGAGCGAACAAGAAGAGGCUCGGCAGAAAUAGUGUCAAGUCUUUUACAGUGCAACGCGCCAUACCGUGGCCACCCAACAAACUUUCACAUUUGACAACCUACGUGUAAAUACAAGGAAGGGUUACGUUUUUACAAGCGUUGGCCGUAUAGCAAUUAUAUUUCAACAGACUUAACUGAUUAGAGUGUAAUGUGAAGUGUAACCCUUCCUUGGACUUGUGCAUGUUCAAUGCCGUGACUUUAACAUCUUCAGUUCCUACGGCCGGCUCCCGUCUGACCUUGUAGCUCAGUCGGGAGCAGCGGUGAUCUAACCCGAAGGUCGUGGGUUCAUCAAGGCGACCGUUGCUUCGUGGCGUGCCUCAGGGGUCUGUACUGGGCCCACUGCUGUAUCUUGUCUACUAGACACGCUUGUGUUAGCAUAGCUAUUAGCAUAUACUUUGCAUAUCUGCCCAUGCGCAGUUUUGUUUACAUUCUCGUCUACCUCGUGGUUUUAGGUUGUCAGCUCGUGUUAGUUUUGAUCUCGAUUUACGUACAACUUUUGUGCAAACUGUAAGACUCUUUACUUAUUGAGAAUACAAAGAAAACAUGGACUUAAAGCAGAACCUGCUCGUUCCUUAUUGAACGAGCCUAUCCAUCUACACUGCGCCGAUUGCUGAUAUCAUCAAAAAGCAUGACGUAUUUUACCAUCUGUACGCCGAUGACACGCAACUAUAUAUUUCCUUCAAUACCAAUUGUUGUGCUGAUCUUGAUGAGGCAAAGUUGCGUAUUGAGCGCUGUGUUGAAGAAAUCGACCUCUGGAUGUGCAAAAACCUUUUGAAACUUAACCACGAUAAAACUGAACUUGUUGUUAUUAGCUCCAAAUUUCAAAAUAGACCAAUUCUUGAAUAUGUUCGGGUCGGUGAUGAGUUCAUUGCUCCUAAUUUGUAUGUACGUAACUUAGGAGUCAUUAUGGACAAUUGCUUUUGCAUGGAACAACAUGUAAAAAAGAUAUGUAGUGAGGCAAAUUAUCAUCUCAGGAAUAUAUCAAAGAUUUGCAAAUAUCUCACCCAGGACUCUGCUCAAAUGCUCAUCCAUGCUUUUAUUAGCUCUAAGCUUGACUAUUGUUACUCACUUUUAUAUGGUAUUCCAAAAUACUUAGUUUGUAGAUUACAGCGUGUUCAGAAUAAUGUUCAAGCUAAACUGGCUCCCCGUUCAUUCUCGUAUUAUUUUUAAGCUCCUGUUAUUAGUCUAUAAAGCACUCAAUGGCAAAGCACCCUCUUACAUUUCUAGUCUCCUGAGCCAUCGUAAGUGCUCUCGGUCUUCACGCUCUAGUGGGCAAGAAUUGCUCACUGUGCCAAUGGGUAAACUAAAGACGUAUGGAGAUCGGGCGUUCAGCAUUGCUGCGCCAGGUCAAUGGAAUAAUUUGCCUCUUACCAUCCGUAAAUCUCCAUCAAUCGCUAUCUUUAAAAGACGUUUGAAGACUUAUCUUUUCAAAGAAGCCUAUGGUUUGUAAUUCUUUUCUUUUUUUAACUUUUAUUUUUUGUAUAAUGUAUAUAUAAGCUCUGUAACUAUUUAUCUCGGUAUUUUAUCAUUAUUUUUUAGUUUUUAAGUUCUAUGUUAAUCUGAUCAUUGUAAAGCGCUAUGAAAGAGUAGCUGAAUAGCGCUAUAUAAAUUAUUGUUAUUAUUAUUAUUAUUCAUUUCCCACCCUGGUCAGAGUUUUUCUCUGUCCUGGUGUGGGCCCAUUUCCAUUAGUAAGGCUAACGCUCACAUGGUUCAUAUGGGGUACAAAACUAGCACUUCACAUUACACUCUAAUCAGUUAAGUCUACGGGUAAUAACGUCAACUCAACAACCUAUGCAACGGUGAUCAACUUACAACCGCACGAACUUUGCAAGGAGGCGUGACUGACAAUGAAAUUCGCACACCCUCACUAGCGGAUAAUUUGUAAAGAACUUUGUUUGGUGGCCACGGUAAGGCGCGUCGCACUGUAAGUCGCCGUAGCCCAAGUUUCUGGGCUAGUCACUCCGGUCAAACCGGUUAAGGCAGCGCGCGGAUCAUAUUUUUGACAAGGCGAAGGUCAAAAUCGAGCCUUCAGUACGAAAAUCAAUAUGGCGUCUAGGAGUGCGAGCGAGAGUUGGCCUGGCUUUGAAACGUCUCCAAGCAACGGCUUGCGCAUACUCAAUAAAGCCUUUACACGAUUUCUGUAGAGUCCUUUCUUCCUCGUCGAGUUAAGAAAGGAUCUGCUGGCAGGGUGCAAGACACCCAACCGACAUCUGUUUCGACUUUCGAAUUCCCUAUAACUCGUAUGGGUGUUGAUGUCACUCUUCGAAACUCGAUCCUUGCAUCUGUAAGGUCGAGACCUCCUCGAAAGAGCUUGGUCGCGGGCUAGCAUUGGACCCAGCUUUUUCAGGCAUCUUUCGCAACUGUACCACUUACUCAUUUCACUGCGUUGAUAUUUGUGACCUCCUCAGUUAAAAUGUGUGAUAUUUCACAUCAAGAGAAUAGGGGAAAAUCCCCCAACUUUGGCCCUGCCCCAAUGAGAAUUACUUAAAUUCAAUUUUUUGUUAGCAUACUUCGAAGUUAUUUCAAGGACGACACCUCACAGGUCGCUUGGUGUAAGAGUUGACCACGUGGCCAUAGAACAAAAUGACCUUCGCAGCAUGGGCGCAAUCUAAAAAGAAAUCUCAAUUAAUUGUCAAGGGGAGAAGGGAAUCGCUCCCUUACCUCAUAUUCUUAACCUCGUUCCCAGGGCUUUUCUCUGCCGAGAGUAGGGCGGGCUGGAAAAGACCCUGGCAUCGGCUGACAGCUGGUUACGUGUUAUCAAUGAAUAUUUCGAAGGGUACUAAUUUAUCUGAUCUGAUCCGCUUGAUCCUUGUUGGCUGUUUGAAUUCAGGGCAACAUACAUUAUCAUGACCAUUUGGAUGUUGUACGGAUAAUUCAAUUUUUCUGUUAUUCGAAAGGGCCUGCUAAUAUUGUCGAUGGCGCAGUCUACUCCAAAAAAACAUAUAUAUAAGAAAUUCCGUGUGCAGUCUUUGUAGUGGUGCGUACAAAAGUACCCAUAUGCUUCGUAUUCUGGGCAAAACUGGCAUCAACAUCGGUGACAACAUCAAUACCUUAAAGCAUAUAUUCGAAGCACUUAAACUGAAGAGGCUUCAAACAAAACGGAGGAAAUUUACCUAGGUUAAGAGCCCAUCCAAGCCGACAAUUAUUCGAAUCUCGAAUUUCAUAUAAAACUUAUGACACCCAAGAUCAGCGUUAUUUGUAGGCAGUCUGCAAAUGUCGAACACCGGUCUUUUGGCAAGUCUUUGCAAUGUUUUGCUUGUAUUCGGAAAAGCUACUCUUAGGUCUAAUUAGGCCUAAAACGUUAUUUAAUCUCAAGGCCCAACCUUUGUCGGUUAGUAUUCAAUGUAUGAUGGACUACUAACCCCGAAAAUCUUCUGUUACGAGUUAAAAAUCGACUUCAGUCUCUCUCGAACAAGAUGGUCCCGGUGGGUGGAAUGUAAUGUCGACCCAAGAUUUUCGGGUGUCGAAGGAACACGUGACCAGCCGAUGCCAGGGUCUUUUCCCGCGUGCCCUACUCUCGGCAGAGAAAAGCCUUGGGAAAUAGGUUUCUCAUGUUCUCUCGUUCAUAUGUAUUCUCUGCUUUUGCAGGAUAUGUCACCGAGGGAAGGAACUUGUACCUUUCUCGAACGGGCGAGGACAACGGGUCAUGUGAUCAGAAGGAUCCCUGUAACACUAUUAGAUGGGCUGUUACUUUGGCAACACAUGAUGAUCUAAUUUAUUUAGACGGCACAAACACCAGUAAAAAUCCAUACACGUGUGAUUCAGGAACGUCGCAUCCGGGUAUUUACAUAAAUAAGAGUCUGUCUCUGAUUGGAUUUGGCAAUCCAUUGCCUCGGAUACGAUGUUCUGGUGGAUCAUUUUUGGCAUUCAAUGGCUCUGCUGAUGCCCUACACGAGAUCAGAGCAAACAUAUCAGGUAUUUUCUUCAGCGGAAGUUCUUUGACUUUCCUGGAGUCUUCCGCUUACAUCCAAAAUUGUAAAUUUAAUGACAGACAAGAAGGUGUGAAGUUUACAAUACAUAAAAUGAUAGAUUCGAGGCUUCAUAUCAAAGAUACGAUCUUCUCUGAAAACAUGGCCGGCAUCUCUGUUGACUUGGCUCACACCAAUCAGGAUAUAAGCUUUGAUUUAACUUUGGAAAAUGUUACCCUUAUUCAUAACCAGUUCAGUCCCAAAGGUCUUAUAUCCCUGAACAUGAAAAAUGGCAACCACAUCAUCCACUUUAAGGAUGUGACAUUUAUUGACAACUGUGCAUCGGGAUACCAAUAUGAACCUACUGAAUGCAUUGUUCAAAGCACACGGGCUGCGGUGACAAUUUUCAUCGAUUCGAGCCAUUUUCAAGGUCAACAAACAAGGUUAUUCGCUAUCAGUGGAUCGAACAUUUCACUGUUCAUCCAUAACUCCAGUUUUGUUGGAUACAAAGUUGGGCCAGCAUAUGGAAAUGGCGGAGUCGUAUAUCUAAGCGGAGACGACCAUCCUGAACAAAGGGCCAUGUUCCAUGUAGGCGUAUCCAAUUCAACCUUCGUUAACGCGAGCGCGACUCAGGGUGGUGCUAUCGCUGUUGACUCCAUCAACGCUUGCAAUAUCAGCUUUCGAGAUAGCAUUUUCACCGGAAACACAGCUAAGACAGGAGAAGGCGGAGCCGUGUUUAUUGGCUCCUCAGGGUCGGUCUUUCAUGAUGAUAAAAAUCCAACCAACCGCACAUUUCGCGAAGCUCUGAGUGUGACAGAACCAGAUGGCUGCUAUAUCACAAUAGAACGCUCUACGUUUUCAAAUAACAGCGCAUACUACAAUGGCGGUGCAGUCUCCGUUUCUGCAAACAGCCCAGCAACUAUCAUCCUUCAAAACGUGACAAUGGAAUCAAACAAGGCAGAGAAUUUCGGAGGAGCUAUAUACGUCAGUGGUGCUGGAGAUGGUGAAGGCGAAACAUUUGGCAGCAAGGAAUUAUCAAAUCUCUGCAACACUAUGUGUACCAUUCUCUCGCUGAAGGUUUACAAGUCUUUCUUCUAUAAUAAUACCGCACUUGGUUCUGAAGGCACAGUUGGAGGAGCAAUAAGCAUAAAAAACGAGAAACCUUGCAAUGGAACGUCCAACCUUACCAUAGAACACACAACGUUUUCAAAUAACAAAGCAUAUAGCGGUGGUGCUGUUUACGUUCAAGCUAACGCGCAAAGUGUUUUAACACUUUCAAACUUAACCAUGGAAUCUAAUACAGUGCACUUCAAUGGAGGAGCCGUCGGCGUCAACGUAAUUAACGCUAUUAUUGUACACAAUUCUCAGUUCCUCGAUAACACAGCUCUCACUCGUUUGGGUGGUGCGCUCUCUGUAAACGACGUAGAAAGACUUCUGGUGCAACAAUGUCAUUUCAGUGGCAAUUAUGCAGGAGGAACUGGUUAUGGAGGGGCAUUAUCUGUGAAAUCAAAAAGCAACUUUGUUCCAGCCAUUGUCAUAAAUAACUCAACGUUUUUCAAUUGUUCUGCUAAACAAGUCGGAGGUGCGUUUUAUAUGUGGGCUGAUGGCAUUGCAACAGUGGAAGUUAAGAGAGCUCGGUUUGUGGGAAACCACGCGUCCAAAUACUACGGAGGAGCCGCAGCUAUUUUCGUGAAUCAAGAAAACAGUGGAGGGGCAAGUCCCUUGUUGUUUGAAGAUACGACAUUUGAAAAAAACGCUGCAGUUUUUGGUGGCGCCGUGCAUUUGAGCAACGGAGAUGCAACAUUCCAGAAUUGCACUUUUCUCAACAAUUUAGUGGAGGUUUUAGGCGGGCAUAUACACACGGACGUCCAAUCAACAAACCUAUUCAUUUGGGAUUGUGUUUUCAACCAAACUUUAUUUCAAGUAGGAAAUGAAAAUUACUCUGCAGGGGCUUUUUUCAUUGACACACAGAGCAAAGGAUCGCUGAGUAUAUAUAAUACCUCCUUGACCGCCAACUAUCCGGCAAAUCACGAUGUUCUGAUAAGAAAAACAAAUGGCAGAGAAGUCAGUCUCGACAAUCUGACGACGUUGACUUGUCCUGUAGGAAGCCAAAUAAAUGUACUUUAUUUUCAAAUUAAACUCGAAGGUCAAAGUUCUGUCACCAUACUUGAGGUUCGAUGUUUAGCAUGCGAAGGGAGUACCUAUAGUCUGAAUCGCGGCCGCGCCUUUGGCCUUCACGAAGGACCAGAAUUUCCCUGUCUUUCUUGCCCAUAUGGAGCAAAUUGCACCCAAAAUAUAGUUGCUGAACCUAACUUUUGGGGUUUUAGAGAAAAAUACAAUCGAUCGACGCUGAAUUUCAUCACAUGCCCCCUUGGUUAUUGCAGCUCUCCCCAAAAAGCAGACUUUCCCGAAUACGACAGUUGCCAGGGUAACCGCUCUGGUACCCUGUGCGGACACUGUAAAGAGCGUCACACGGAGACACUUUACUCCACAAGCUGCGCACCAUCAAACGAGUGUAAGGAUCACUGGAUUUGGCUCGUGGGUUUGGUUUAUGUAUCAAUUAUGGCAUUGCUCUUUACAUUUAAGCCUCCUAUAGUGUCCUGGAUCAAGCGCCAGAUCCUGUGGUUUAAAAAAUAUGAACCAGCCAACCAGGAUGAAGAUUUUGACCGCGGUUAUUUAAAGAUCGCUUUCUACUUUUAUCAGGCAGCAAACCUUUUACUCGUCUCCGAUACAACCCGGCACAUUCUUAAAACUGAAGUUUGGGAGCCUAUCAUCGGAUUGUUUAACUUUCAGCACAAUGUCUCACCAGUGUCAACUACAGGAGUGAUCUGUCCCUUUCCUGGACUCAAUGCGGUAACUAAACGGUUACUUUUGGCUUCUCCUGUCUUUGGGACGAUGCUUAUGAUAGGUGUCUUCUACAUGUUGCAUUGGGGAAGUAAAAAGAUUCAAGGCCGAGAAGCACCGCCUGUUGGUCCCUAUAUCGGCGGUAUUUUACAAACCAUACUGCUGGGUUACGCAACUUUGGCGUCCAUGAGCUUUGACCUGCUAACCUGUGUUCCCAUUGGCUCAAAGAAACGAUUGUUUUACGACGGAAACAUUGCUUGUUUUCAGCCUUGGCAAUUCCUUUUUGUGGCAUUUGACUGUGUGUUUUUUGUGCCAUUUUUGUUUGUCUUGAUGUGGGGCUCUUUCAAACUGUACAGAGGAACCGUUUCGGUGGCAAAUUUCCUCCUUGCUUGUUGUUUGCCUCUACCGAUUUUGCUCUACUGGGCAUACAUCGCCCUUAUUUAUAGAGCGCGACCAUUAGUCAGGGUCGGAGGAGAGCCAGCAGGCCAGGCGUCAACCGAGAUUUCCGUGGAAAGGGUUCUUUACGACCCUUUCAAGAGGCCAGAAGAGGGAAGCAAGCUUUCCUUGAGCUGGGAAGGGGUUAUGAUCGGCUGGCGGCUGAUUCUUAUUGUGUUAAAUGCUUUUAUCAAUGAUCCUCUGUCCCGGCUUCUCGUCAUGACUUCGUUUUGUGUACUGUUUCUUCUGCACCAUUGCAUCGCUCAGCCGUUUCGUGAUGAUAUUGCCAACACAGUGGAAACCAUUUCUUUGCUGUGUGUUGUGCAGUUGGGUAUAAUUAACACGUUUUUCGCAUCUUUCCACUCGCUUGGUGUCCCUCUGCAGGGCUCGAAUCCCUUGAUCUCUUGGGCGAGAGCCUUUCAAGUAGUAGAAAUCAUAAUUCUCGGUUUUGUACCAGCGGUUGCCUGCCUUUUUGUAGUUGCUGCUGUUUUGUCGCAGGGUGGUCGCCUUCUUGUUGUGCUUUAUCAAACAAUUCGUCACUUGGCGAAACUUUGCUACAGCAGGCCUUUUAGGAAACAGGAAAACGAAGAGACCCCUCUCUUGCUCUAG